GCAGUACCACCAACACACACAAACCAACCAACCACACAGAUGAACAAUAUUUAGAUGUUAUUUAUGUAGCCUACUUUACUGUAUUGUAAGCCAUAGCUGGUUUUAUGUGUCAACAAGGCUUGAGGGCGACAUAGGUAUUAGAAUAUAGCUCGAUGCUUGAUUCUUUUAUUGGCAGUAAGCUUUGAUUUUAUAGUCUUGCAGACACUGCAUGUCAUGAAGGCGUAUUUCCUCUAGUUUUACCUCAGGUAUUCACGGUAAAAGCGCGAACUUGAGGGGCCGUCUUUACGCACGGUGCGCCGCCCCACCGGAGACGCGCGUGCGGACACGGACUCAUUCGCUCUCGUCCGGAUGCCGGAGUCAUCGCGGCACGCGCGUGGACAGUGGUUUUUGAUUUACUAUAAAGAAAUAUACUGAAACGAAACACCUGACCGUUUUAUUUUUUAUACCAUCUGUCGUUUCCCUCGCUACACGCUUUGCCAGUUCACACAGGAAUGCAGUGCCCCGUGCUUCAUACACGUUCGUGAAUGGAAAGCAUCUGCAUAACAGACAUAAAUCUUGUCGAACGUUUCUCAAACCCUCUGCAUUUUUGUGAUUGAUCAGCUGGGCACCGGGACAGCGUCCUCCUGCAGCCUUUUUAAGGGAAGAUGGAGACCUUCUUCGCGGAGGGUGCUCGGGUGUGGGUGAAUCAUAAAGAUCAGCUGCUUCCGUGUACUGUGAACUCAUGUGGAGAUGCGACACUGGUACUCACCACUGACUACGGCGAGGUGGUAUACCUGCAGCAUGCGGAGGUCAACAGGGAGAAGGUGUUCACCAUGCACCAGAGCAGCAUUGAUGGAGUGGAGGACAUGUCAACCCUGGCGGAUCUCCAUGAAGCUGCUAUCAUGCACAACCUCCAUCAGCGAUACCGGAAAGACAACAUCUAUACUAACAUAGGUUCAAUACUAGCAGCUGUAAACCCAUAUAAGCAGAUCAAAGGCCUGUACGAGAUCUCUGCAGUGGAGCUGUACAGUCAGCAUCAUCUGGGCGAGCUGCCGCCUCAUAUCUUUGCUGUGGCCAAUGAGUGUUAUCGCUGCUUAUGGAAGAGACAUGACAGCCAGUGUGUACUGAUCAGUGGUGAAAGUGGAGCUGGGAAAACAGAAAGCACCAAACUAUUGAUACAGUUCCUGUCCGUCAUGAGCCAGAACACAGCCGGGGCGCCACCUACAGAGAAGAGUACACGUGUGGAGCAAGCCAUCGUACAGAGCAGCCCCAUCAUGGAAGCCUUUGGAAAUGCCAAAACUGUCUACAACAACAACUCCAGUCGCUUUGGGAAAUUUAUUCAGCUUCAUUUUUCUCAAAGCGGGAACAUUCAGGGUGGAUGCAUCGUCCACUAUUUGCUUGAAAAGAAUCGAGUGGUCAGGCAGAACCCAGGCGAGAGAAACUAUCACAUAUUUUACGCUUUGCUGGCCGGAACAAACAAAAGCCAAAAGGAAACAUAUUUACUGGAAGACUCCCCUGAGAUGUUUCACUACCUGAGUCAGUCUGGAUGUGUAAAGGACCGUAGUCUUGAUGACAAGAAACUUUUUGAUGAUGUCAUGGAGGCUUUGAAAGUCAUGGAGUUCACAGAAGAGGAGAUCAGAGAUAUGUUCAAACUGUUGUCUGGAGUUCUGCAGCUUGGCAAUGUGGAGUUCAUGACAGCAGGUGGCGCUCAGAUCACCACCAAGCAAGUUCUCAGUAAUGUGAGUGAUCUUCUGGGCCUGGACUGUUUCCAGUUAUCUGAGGUUCUGACCCAGCGUUCAAUGAUCCUCAGAGGAGAAGAGAUUUGCUCCCCAUUGACAGUGGAACAGGCGACAGAUUCUAGGGAUUCGGUUGCCAUGGCGCUGUACUCACAAUGCUUUUCAUGGAUCAUCAUGCGAAUUAACCAAAAGAUAAAGGGCAAAGACAAUUUUAAAUCCAUCGGGAUUCUCGACAUCUUCGGCUUUGAGAACUUUGAGGUAAACCGGUUUGAACAGUUCAACAUUAAUUACGCCAAUGAGAAACUACAAGAAUAUUUCAACAAACAUAUCUUCUCGCUGGAGCAACUGGAGUACAACAGGGAAGGGAUUCAUUGGGAAGCCAUUGACUGGAUGGACAAUGCAGAAUGUCUGGAUCUGAUAGAGAAGAAACUGGGCAUGUUAGCUUUGAUUAACGAAGAGAGUCGAUUCCCAAAAGGCACUGACUUUACGCUGCUGGAGAAACUACACAGUAGACACUCUACAAAUCCCUACUAUGUGAAGCCCAGACUGGCAGACCAUCAGUUUGGUAUUAAGCAUUAUGCUGGAGAGGUCUUGUAUGAUGUGAGAGGGAUUUUAGAGAAGAACAGAGACACAUUUCGAGAUGAUAUCCUGAACAUGCUGAAGGAUAGUCGACUGGAUUUCAUCUAUGAUUUGUUUGAGCAAGUGAGCAGCAGAAACAGUGAGGAGACUCUUAAGAUGGGCACGGCCAGAAAAAAGCAAACCGUCAGCUCUCAGUUCAGAGACUCUCUUCAUUCCCUAAUGGCCACUCUCAGCGUGUCCAACCCAUUUUUUGUGCGUUGCAUCAAACCCAACAUGGAUAAGAACCCAAGCAAGUUUGACCCAGAUGUGGUUCUGAAUCAGUUGCGCUAUUCUGGUAUGCUGGAAACGGUGAAGAUCCGCAGAGCUGGAUUUCCCGUCCGGCGCACAUUUAAAGAUUUCUUUAGCAGGUACAAAAUCAUUCUUAAAGAGAAAGAAAAGGCAGCCGUGGCCUCCAGUGGAGAUGAGAAGAAGAAUAGCACAGAUCUGCUGACGCGCUAUGACUGGACCAAGAAGGGAUGGCAGCUUGGGAAAACCAAAGUGUUCUUAAAGGAGCCCCUAGAACAGAAGCUGGAAAAGGAAAGAGAUGAAGUGCGGAGUAAAGCUGGACUCGUCAUACGAGCCUAUCUUCUGAGAUACACCGCUAGAAAGAACUUUAAAAAGGCUCGGGCCAGCAUUAUGACAAUUCAGAAGAACUAUCGCGCUCAUCUCUAUCGGCGGCGGUUUCUACGAAAACGUUCAGCCGCACUGGUCCUUCAGAAACACAGGCGAGGGCAGGUGGCCCGAGGAGUCUGUCGCAAACUACGAGAGGAGAAGAAGAAGAGAGAGGAGGAGGAGACGAAAAAGAAGGAGGAAGAGGAGAAGAAAACCAAUGUGAAGGAGGGAGAGAAAGAAACAGCACAGUCUCCACAAUCCAUAGAGGAGGAGACCCGGCAGAUGGAGGAGAUCCUGCGUUUGGAGAGAGAGAUCGAACGUCUACAGAAGCAAAGAGAAGACGGCGUGUCCAUGCUGUGCGAGACCUCAAGACAGGAACUUUGUUUACGUCGUGAUGCUGAGGCCUUGCGUCAAAAAAAGCAGGCUUCCCGUGCCGCCACGGAAUUCCUCGACCUGCUAGACACCGGAGGACCAGAGGUCAUCCCUGGUGAACCUAAACAAUCCACCUCCAGACCGACAACCACCACUGAGGAAGAGGUAGAUGAAGGCUUCCAUGCCGAGGAAGAGUGCAUUCCACUGCAGGAGUUCCCUCCUCCAAUAGAAGGUCCUGUAGAUCAGGAGAUCUUAGCUACUCUGCCACCUCCACCUCCUGACUUUGCCGAGGGCAUGGUGGCACCGUCCGCUCCCAACCUUCCACCUGGGGCUCCUCCCCCACCUCCUCCACCACCUCCGCCUCCUCCUCCACCACCUCCUCCUCCACUCCCUGGUGAAACCAAACAGGAACCUCCAAAGCCUGCUGAGUCAAAAACAGUUGAUGAUGCAAAAAAGGAGGCAGAGGACGUGGAUCGCACCAGCAAGCUGACCGCAGCCGAAUCUCUACCGGACACAGAGGAACCCAUCUAUAGCCAGGUUGAGACAGGUGAUGGCGAGUCAGACUAUGACCAGGAUGAGCUGGAGGACGGACAGAGCAGCACUGCAGCGAUGGACGGAGAACACGCACGCAAAUCUACCUGCACCAACGCAAGCCAGGAGUCCUACAACCGUAGUUCAGAUUCAUAUGCCGACAGUGAUGAAGAUCAUGACGGUGGUGCAGACACAGACGAGGAGGUGUCCAAUGGUAGAGUCAACAUCUUGAAUGGGAACGGACCUCCAUAUUUCCACAGUUACCUUUACAUGAAAGCCGGUCUGAUGAUCCCGUGGCGCAGGCGUUGGUGCGUUCUGAAGGACGAAACCUUCAUGUGGUUUCGUUCCAAGCAGGAGUCUUUAAAGUCGGGCUGGCUGUAUAAAAAGGGAGGAGGUUUGUCCACGCUCUCCCGCAGGAACUGGAAAAUGCGUUGGUUCGUCCUGCGUGACACCAAACUCAUGUAUUACGAUAAUGACAGCGAAGAGAAGCUGAAAGGGACCAUCGACAUCCGCUUUGCCAAAGAGAUCGUGGAUAAUCAUGAGAAGGAAAAUGCUCUGAACAUCGUGACAGAUGAGAGAACGUACCAGGUGUUUGCCGAGUCGCCAGAGGACGCCAGCGGCUGGUUUAACGUGUUGAGUCGGGUCGCCACCGCCUCACCAGAGCAACUGCUGGAGAUGUCUCACGAACAGGCCAACCCGAAGAACGCUGUGGGCACAUUGGAUGUUGGACUAAUAGACUCGGUGUGUGCUUCGGAUAAUCCCGACAGGCCUAAUUCAUUUGUGAUCAUCACGGCCAAUCGUGUGAUUCACUGUAACUCAGACCUGCCGGAGGAAAUGCAUCACUGGAUCAGUCUGUUGCAGAAACCCAAAGGAGAAUCCAAGAGUGAUGGACAGGAGUUCCUGGUCAGAGGUUGGCUGCACAAAGAGAUGAAGUCUGGGGCCAAGAGUUCUGCUCUUAAACUGAAGAAACGCUGGUUCGUCUUAACCAGCAACUCUCUGGACUACUUCAAGUCAUCUGAACGCAACGCAUGCAAGAUGGGCACUCUGGUUUUGAAUAGCUUGUGCUCUGUGGUCCAGCUCGAGGAGAAAAAGUUUAAAGAGACAGGUUACUGGAACAUCAUAGUUCAUGGUCGUAAACAUUCUUAUCGUCUGUACACCAAGAUGCUCAAUGAGGCAAUGCGCUGGGUAUCUGCCAUUCAGGGUGUCAUUGAGAAUAAACCACCCAUUGAAACACCCACCCAGCAGCUCAUAAGAGACAUCAAGGAGAACAGUGUGAACUCUGAGGCUGUGGAACAAAUGUAUCGUCGAAACCCCAUCCUUAGAUAUACCCAGCAUCCCUUGCAUUCACCUCUCCUGCCUUUGCCAUACGGAGAGGUCAGCGAACCUUUGCAAAAGGAGAAGGGAUACGGAAGCCUGCAGGAUGAGGCAGUGAAGAUCUUCAACUCGCUUCAGGAGAUGGAGAUAGUCUCAGACCCUGUCCCCAUCAUCCAGGGCAUCCUGCAGACCUGCCACGACCUGCGGCUGCUGAGAGACGAGGUGUACUGUCAGCUGAUCAAACAGACCAAUCACGUGCCCCAACCCAACAGUCCGGCGAACCGCGCCCACUGGCACCUUCUCACCUGCAUGAGCUGCACCUUCCUGCCUAGCCGUGCCAUCCUGCGAUACCUCAGAUUCCACCUAAAAAGGGUAAGGGAGCGCUACGCUGGCACAGAGAUAGAGAAGUAUGCACAUUUCAUUGGUGAGACCCUGAAGAAGACAAAGACCAGGGAGUAUGUGCCCUCUCAGGAAGAAAUCGCCGCCCUGCUGAUCAGGCAGGAAAUGACAACUACUGUAUAUUGCCAUGGAGGGGGAUCUUGCAAGAUAUCCAUCAACUCGCACACAACAGCCGGAGAGGUGGUAGAGAAACUGAUUCGUGGUCUGGCGAUGGAAAACAGCAGAAACAUGUUCUCACUGUUUGAGCACAACAAGGUGGAGAGUCGGGCCAUGGAGAGCCGUGUCAUUGUGGCAGAUGUUCUUGCCAAGUUUGAGAGGUUGGCAGGUGGUGAGGAAGAGGAUGACGAUGGUCCCUGGAGGCUGUAUUUUAAGCUCUAUUGUUUCCUGGAUGUUGAAAGCAUGCCUAAAGAGGGAGUAGAAUUUGCCUUCAUGUUUGAGCAGGCUCACGAGAGUCUCAUCAGUGGUCAUUUUCCCGCCUCUGAGGAGACCCUCCAGCACUUGGCGGCCCUGCGCUUACAGUACAUCCACGGCGAUGUGGCCCGUACACCCUGGAGCCUGAGCAGCGUGUACCCGGUCGGGCGUCUCCGAGCGCGGAUCUUUCAGUCCACUAAAGCAGGGGUCGCUGGCGCACAGGCUGGUAUCUCAGGGCCAGGAGGUCAUACUUUAGAAAGACGUAAGCCCAACUUCCUGGAUGGAACCCUGAGACGCAGCUUAAAGACCGGGUCGACGAAGAAACAGCGUGUGGAGGAGGAACAGAUGCUGGAGAUGUUUGUGAAGGAAGAGAUGUCGGCCACUCUCACAAGUGUGUUGGAGAAAUGGAGUCGCCUGCAGGGGAUGCCUCAACACCAGGCCAUGCUCAGUUACAUGACCAUCAUCAAAGAGUGGCCGGGAUAUGGAUCAACACUGUUUGAUGUGGAGUGUAAGGAGGGGGGCUUUCCUCAUGACCUGUGGUUGGGUGUAAGUGCUGAAAACGUCUCGGUGUACAAACGUGGUGAUCCCAAACCACUUGAGACCUUCCAGUACGAGCACAUCGUUUUCUUUGGAGCACCUCAGCCCAGCACAUACAAAAUCAUUGUUGAUGAAAGAGAGAUGUUCUUCGAAACGCCUCAGGUGGGUGAAAUCACAAAGAUCAUGAAGGCGUACAUCAACAUGAUAGUUAAAAAGCGCUGCAGUAUCAUGUCUGUCACCAGCAACAGCAGUGCCUGGAUGAGGUGAUCAACACCAACCAGAGAUCUUAAAGCAGCCAGGAGGAUGAUAGUGUGUUUACGGUGGAAUAAAGGGCUGAUCGUGGAUUCAGAAGAGUGAGACAGCAGAGAUUUCAACUCUAUGGGGAUUAUAACUUAAACUCCCUUUGUCGUACCUGUCUCGUAUACAACAGCACACUCCAGCUAUUUAGUUGUUGUUUUUUUAUUUCACUUUUACGAAGCACAAUGACGCCUCACUGUUCUCACCCACCCUACUGCCAGCACUAAUAACUAAUAACCAAACCCGGUUAGUUCUCACUAUCCUUAUUUUUCAGUCUGUGAUGGUGCAGUUAACAGUUAACAACCUGUAACUUUAUUAACCAGUAGUUUUCCUGAGGUGUGGAUGUCAUGUUUGUGUAUAAGAACAGAGUAUGGAUUAUAGAGUUCCUGGUUCACCUAUGGAGCCAUUUUGCAAGUGCGGUACGCAGCGAUCACACUAGUCAAACGAACCAGAUUUGUGGGUAUGGUUCGGUACGCAUAGUGUAAGUAAACCCUAACGCCAUGACUGAUGAUGGCCGUUUGGAGAGCUUCUGGAGUACAGGCAGUAAGCCAAUCAGAUACCAGUAUAUUUGGAGUGCCUGUUCUGUGGCCAGCAUUUUGUGGAAAUCAGCCAACAGAGCCCUUACAGCACUGACUGUGUGCACACAUUUAAGACUAUUCACGCAUUAUCAAUGUAACAACAAACGUCUUGUUUUGUAUUAAAUGGCAGAGUCUAUACUUAAAUAUGCUAAUGUGUUACAUUUGAAAGUGAGUUGAUGUAUUUACAUGCACCAUUUUCCUUCUUUUUUACUGUAAUUUUGCCAGUCAUGCAAUGCUUGUGUAACUUAUGCUGUACCAGUGCACAAAAGCAUACCCAGUGAGUGCAACAUUGGCCUAAAAGCUUAACGUUAAAGAGAAACGGUCUAUGCUACAACUUGGGUAACUUGGGUGCUGUAUUUCGGAAAUGUGAACAGAGAUUGGAUUAUUGUUGAGUAUCAUAUAAAGCAGUGCCAAGCCUGUAUAUCCAUGCAAGGAAUGCAAAGGCCCCAAACUAUUAUUUGUGGCAUGUGGUAUUGGGGAACGACAUUUAAAAAAUAUAUGUGAUAUAUAUAAAUUGAAUUAUCUUAACAUUCAAUAUAAAUUACUUGUUAAUAUUAAUAGGAAUAUAUUAUGAAAAAUCCACUUUUACAAGGUGUUUGGGCAUAAAUAAAAUACCCAUUUAAAGGUGCUCUAAGCGAAUUCACGCGUUUUAUGCCAUAAAACAUUUUUUGUUUCAUACAGUAAACAUCUCCUCACUAUCUGCAAGCUGCCUGUCCUCUGAACACACUGUAAUGUAAAAAAACGCGGUCUCUGCAGACAGCCCGGGCUCUGCAAACUGCAACAAAAACAGAGUGGUCAAACCUACCACUACGAAACAUAAAAAAGUGUUCCAGCCAAUAAAUGACAAGAAGGAUUUGGGGGUGGGGUUGGGGCGCCUUCCUGACUCGUUCAGAAAGCACAGAAGGGAGGGGAGGAGUUAGCUACGCUCCAUUUUGUUUGACAACACUUUGAACUUCAACAGGAAGGGACGUCAAACAGAUUCGCUUAGAGCGCCUUUAACCAAAGCAGUCUCAUUACUGUGCGAUCACACCAGUGGCGGUAGAGGCGGCAAACACGUGCUAUUCACGCAAAGUUGGACGAUUGAACAUUUUGAGUUUUCUCGCUUCAUUCGCGCAUCAUUCCAGACAUUCACGCGGACAUUUCUCCACUCCCUCCCUGUAAUUACAUCACUAUUAACUCUUUCCCCGCCAUUGACGAGAUAUCUCGUCAAUUAAGAGAAAACGCUUCCCCGCCAAUGACGAGAUUUUCUGUCUUUCCGCAAUACCGCUAUUAUCCACCAGGUGGCGACUUCCGCAACUUUUUAAAACCGGAAGUAUUGCCCUAUGGCAAGCUGCUGCAUGUCCGUGUCUGUUUUAAAGAUCGCUCUGGAUGGGAUCUCUAUGAAAAGUCCGUCACAAAAAUGGAAUUAUUUUUGCUUUUUGCUCAAAAUAUGGUGUUUUUGCAAAAACCUACCCAUAUUCAAAAGCUGUUUGCAAAAGAACCACUAAAGGUAGGAUGAAACGGGUUUUUUUGUUUGAAAGCAGAGGGUCUGUUCUUUCAUUUGGUAUAUCGUAUGUUUAUUUAUUUAAAGAAGAACAUUUUCUGGAAGGCAUUAAACUUUGGUGAAAAUCAUGAAAAACACUGGCGCUGGCUGGCAACUUUUUUUUAAAAACGCUGGCGGUGAAAGAGUUAAGGUGCGAAUAUCCGCCAAAGUUUAGAUUUUUCAACUCGCCCAUUUUCCGCGGCAACACUCAAUUCGCUCAGUUCCUCGCUAUUCGCACUGUGCCAUUCGCACGUACCAUGCCGCAGGAUGCCCAUUCGCGUAUUUGCAUUGACUUUAACAUGUAAAUCACUCGCGCUUGCCGCCUCUUCCCCGUCUGGUGUGGAUGCCACAUUAGACAUGCUGUUUUGAUUCUCUUCUUAAUGUUACGUCACACUGAUAAAGCCCCACCCACAGUCACUUUUUGACUGGUUAAAUUUACCCAAACGUUUGUUUGUUAGCACAUUGUAGCGCUAAUGCGUCUAAAUAUACUAUAGUCUCAGGCUGUAUUCACAACAAUUACAUCACUUUUUAACCAAAACCGCUCACUGUCUGUUGGUAAGGGAAUGAGGGGCUGUAGCUCAUUUGCAUUUAAAGGUACACACAUGAAAACAGCACUUUUUUGGACAUGUACAAAUAAUUUGUGGGAUAUUUUAAGCUGAAACUUAACAACUUUCUAGGCACACCUGAGACCUAUAUUACAUCUUUAAAAUAAUAUGUGCCCUUUAAAAUCUAGCACAAAGACUAAAAGCCACACAACUCGCAUUUUGAUUUCAUGAGGACUUUAAAGAACAGCUUGACCAACCAGCAAAGGAUCUCACGUUUGGCAUAUCGGUUUCUCAGAUGGAUCAACUGCUUUGUACCAAACCUGCCUAUCAAACAUCACCAUUAACUUUUAAUAACAUCUCGUAUACAGAGACACACAUUUAGAAGUUUGCAAUCUUUUAUCGUGAAUAUUACUUUGCUUGUUGGCAUUUUGUCAUCUACCGCAAGGCCCAAGCGAGUUUGUUUCUCGUCAUGGUAGAUCUUCAUACAUUAGGUGUUCUUACCCAUUUUAGACUGUUGCCAAGCAGCCACAGAGAAACAGGCAAGAGACUCUUGAUCUACACAGAAUGAGUUUGUCUGUUGUUUUUUUGUGCGAGUAUAAUCCUGCAAUAGUAUCUGUGAAAUGUUGCUGUUUGAUAUGCAAAUGAUAUUUGUCAGUGUAAUGCAAUUAUUUUGUGAAUGUGUAUGUCUGAAUUUACCAGUUAUUGAAAAACAGAAGAGAAAGGGAUUAUUAUGAAGAAAGUGUUUAGAUGUAUGGCUAUUUCCGAGUGUGAAUUAUGAUCAUAUUUAUAAAAUAUUUAAAUAUAGAAGGGGUAAGGGUUUGGUGUAUUUAUCUGUUAUGAUUUGAUAUACAGUAUUUCUUGUGAUGAGGUGUAACAAAGAGUGUGUAUGUGUGUGUUAGAAGCAGGUGGUGUGCUCAUUUCUGUUACCUCACAAUCAACAGAACAAGUAAACAGUAUGACUGACAGAGAACAGCCGAGAAGAUGUGCUAGUUUCACCCUGCCUCAUACAAAUAUACUAACACACUCACACGACACACACAUGCACACACUUCACAUAAAGAUCAGUAUUAAACAAACACACAUGGCAUGGUUGGUUCUGUCUCUCUCACACAUUCACACAGGGGUCCUUGCUCAGCUGCAGGCAGCCAGUACAAGGCCUGAAUGUAAUUUACUCAACGUCAUUGUUCGUGUACAAUAAAUUAUACAAAAAGGAAUAAUUGUGCUUAUUAGAACAUACAGAGAGAAAAGAUGUUUCUUUUGUAACUGGCUUUACAAAAUAAAUUAUUGUAUGUUACUGCAAGUUGUGAUUUAUUUUGUGCUUUUGUGUAAUAUCAUAUUAUAAGUUUCAUGAUUUGUUUACCAAUUGUUUGACAAUUUUAUUAUGCUGCCUGUUUUUUGCUAUCAUACACCAGGGGACGCCAUUUCUCUUUCAUUUUAUUAAUAAAUUCAUCUGGAUACUUGUU